AUGCAGCAAAGAAACCAGAUUCUAUCACGUCAAAGAAUUGAAGAAAUUGUCAAUGAUGAUGACGAGUCACUUGAUGAAGCGUCUGAUGAAGAUCAAGAUUUUCAAUGUGAUGAAUCUGAAAUAAAUGAGUCUGAUAUAUCUACAGAUUCUUUUGAUAGCAUUGAAAGUUUAAGCAGAGAAACACAAGGAAAUAAUGAAUGUUUUCCUGCAAAAGAUGGUACGAUUGUUUGGUAUAAAGACCCUCAACAAAUGCAAUGCAGCAAAAAGCGACAAGAAUGGAUUCUUUCAAAUAAACCAGGCCCUUCCCAACACGCACGUUCCUUGGUUGCUAGCAUAAAAGGUGCUUUCGAUUUAUUCAUUUCACUAGAACUGAAACAAAUUAUUGUUGAAAUGACCAACGUCAAGGGCGUGCAGUUAUAUGAAAGUAAGUGGGAGAUCAUUGAUAUAAUCGAACUGGAAGCAUACUUUGGGCUGCAGAUCAUGACUGGUGUUUCCAAGUCUAACGGGGAAAGCUUGAGAUGUUUAUGGGAUGAAACAAAUGGAAGACCCAUAUUCCGCGCUGUUAUGCAUAUUGAACGAUUUAUGCAAAUUUCACUAUGCCUCCGUUUUGAUAGCCAUGAAGAUAGGGAAACCAGACGGUUACGUGAUAAGCUAGCUCCAAUAAGAAAUAUUUGGGACGAAUGGAGCAAAAAUCUUAAACUGAUGUAUAAUCCAAAUGAAAAUGUGACCGUCGAUGAGCAGCUGAUGCGGCUAAUAUUGAAAUCAAAGGGCGCAAAAGGCAGUGUGGACAGUAUGUUUUCUGAAGAUCUAAUAUACCACUACAAUUUAGAGGGGCGCAAGGAGAAAGAAUCCCUACUAAAGCUAAAUUUAGAAAUAUUUCCUGACAACGACAAAGACACUAUCUGUGGGGAGCUCUGA